AGGAGCGCGGAUGGCAAAGAGACUCCUGGAUAAGGUUGCCGCAGGAAUCUGGAAUCGUCUGAAGCUCUGUGGCGGCCGGAUCGCGAGCGGAAUCAGUUGGUCUUGCCGAGUUUCCCAGAGACAGGGCAGAGUUCUAGGGUUUUGUUUUUGUUUUCAGGGGGCGGGGAGGGGGGGGCUGUGUAAGGAGGGGAGGAGAAUGGACAGAAUACUGACCUGAACAUUAAUUGGAGCAUUUCGAUACGAAGUGCCCGAUAAUUUCCUCUCCUUCUUCCAUCAUUUGCCCCACUAGGCUAACUUCAUUUUUAAAUUCUCAAUUUUGAAAUUGGCCACUGCGUCUGGCAGAAUCUGACGGAAUUCAGGGGAGAAAAUUUAAUCCAAGUGCAUUUUAAUUAGGGCACGCAACUCAAUCACACGUUUACGAUGGAAUUUCUAAAGACCUGUGUACUUAGAAGAAAGGCAUGUACUAUGGUUUGCUUUAGGAGAAGCCAAGCUGUACCAAAGCCUUCAGUUAGAAAGAUUAGUACUACCUCUCCAAGGAACACUGUCAUGCCCGCUUGGGUGAUAGAUAAAUAUGGGAAGAAUGAAGUGCUUCGAUUUACCCAGGACAUGAUGAUACCUAUCAUACACUAUCCAAAUGAAGUCAUUAUCAAAGUUCACGCCGCGAGUGUAAAUCCUAUAGAUGUUAAUAUGAGAAGUGGUUAUGGAGCUGCAGCUCUAAAUAUGAAACGUGAUCCUUUACAUAUAAAAGCCAAAGGAGAAGAAUUUCCUCUGACUCUGGGUCGGGAUGUUUCUGGUGUAGUGAUGGAAUGUGGACUUGAUGUGAAGUACUUCAAGCCCGGAGAUGAGGUCUGGGCUGCAGUUCCUCCCUGGAAACAAGGCACUCUCUCAGAGUUUGUUGUAGUCAGUGGGAAUGAGGUUUCUCACAAGCCCAAAUCCCUCACUCAUACUCAAGCUGCCUCUCUGCCGUAUGUGGCUCUCACAGCCUGGUCUGCCAUAAACAAGGUUGGCGGCCUGAAUGACAAUAAUUGUACAGGAAAACGUGUUUUAAUCUUGGGUGCAUCAGGUGGAGUUGGUACUUUUGCUAUACAGGUAAUGAAAGCAUGGGAUGCUCAUGUGACAGCAGUUUGCUCUCAGGAUGCCAGUGAACUUGUAAGGAAGCUUGGGGCAGAUGAUAUAAUUGAUUACAAAUCUGGAAAUGUGGAAGAGCAGUUGAAAUCUUUAAAACGGUUUGAUUUCAUUCUUGAUAAUGUUGGUGGAUCCACCGAAACAUGGGCUCUAAAUUUUCUCAAGAAAUGGUCAGGAGCCACAUAUGUGACUUUGGUGACUCCUUUCCUCCUGAACGUGGACCGAUUGGGCAUAGCAGACGGCAUGUUACAGACAGGUGUCACUGUGGGUUCUAAGACAUUAAAGCAUUUCUGGCAAGGAGUCCAUUAUCGCUGGGCCUUUUUCAUGCCCAGUGGUCCAUAUCUAGAUGAUAUUGCAAAACUGGUGGAUGCAGGAAAGAUUCAGCCAGUUAUUGAAAAAACCUUUCCUUUUUCUAAAGUUCCAGAAGCCUUUCUGAAGGUAGAAAGAGGACACGCACGAGGAAAGACUGUAAUUAAUGUCAUUUAAAUAAAUAGUUUGGUGAUUA